AUGGAGUUCCUACAGCCAGUUAGAUAUAUUCCUGGGUCAAGUGAGGCAGAAUUCUGCGGUCCGCAGACAUUUGAAGACAGCAAGUCUGGGAGGCAAGGCAGAGCCGUCAUGGCUUAUUCCAAGGUCUAUGGCGUCGCCAAGAUGAUUUCUGAGAUUCUCAAGGCAUUUGGAUCAGAAUUGGACGACACUCCAACGGAUAUAAAAUUUCAUAUUUCCCGAGUGGAGAAAGAAUUGACACAGCCCUACUCCGCCAAACUCCUUGCAGCGGUUGAAGACCUGUUCUAUAUCUUACUUGCAAGAGUGAAGAGUGAAAUCCGGCAAAUUGACAUUGAAGAGAGCUUCGAGUUUGAUUAUCGUUUUUCUAGAACCAACUCAAGGCUUCUUCGAAGCAAGGGCCUUCCGGAAAUCAAACACCUUAGAUUGAUCUUCGAGGCGUGCAAAUGCCUCCUACUGUCAGAAGAAGUGUGCAGUGUGCUCAACACAGAACUCAUUCGACACCAAGAAGAGGACUAUAUCCAGCAAACCAUGCUAAUGGGCGAGGAGGCUGGGUACUUCGCCGAUGACCCAGUUGGCUACCGCCAAUAUAUCCAAAGCCUGAUCACCGACCCAGACUCCCCAUACCGCAUGAAGUGGAGCGGGCUUAACGCUGUUUACGAUGCGUCCCCUGAGAUGAUAUUUGCAACUCUGAGGGAGAAGUACAUGGGUAUUACAGCACGGGAGAGAAAACGAGGCAAAUGCGCCGGCGUCAAGGUUAAAUCCCCUCCACCAGCAUGGACAUCCAACCCGGCAUAUGCGGAAGAACGACGAAUACAAGCAAACAGAGAAGCAGCAUGUGCUAUGCUACAUGGUAUAACUGUUGGCGAGUUUAGACGUCGGAAUAGCCAAGUAGUGGUUCGCCAAUAUGUUCAGCAGAAUCUCUGUGUAUGCCUUGAAAAUUGCACUUGUUCUCGCAGAUGUACUGUUAAGGGAUGGAGAAUUUGUCCCUGUACAAGUAGGAUGAAUCUACUUUACGAAGAGGACCUUGGCCUCCGACGACCAUUUGUUGAAAGAUGUGCGGACAUGGCAGUGAUCCUGUUCGAAGAAUUAUCUGCCUCCUAUCAGGGCAUUGGCUUGCACGGAAUGACAUGUUUCCUGAACAGAGGAUUGGAGUUCUUCCACGACGAAAUCACUCACUUCCGAGACCACUAUUGGCAGGCUGUCGCUCAAGACAACUACUACUUUGACUUCAACAUGGAUUUUCAGUACCGACAGCGAAUCAGUGAUGGCGUACUUCGACGACAGGGCUGA